AUGGCCUCUUCAGCUACCCUGGAGGUGAGCCCAAAGGACGAGGGCAGCAGAGCGACUAACAGCAAGGACCCUACUGUCGUCACGCCUUCGGAUUCUUCUUCAUUAGGCGCUUCUGCAGCAGCAAAGGACCAGAAGACUGAAAAUAUCAAGGCCAAUGGGGACAAUGGCAACAAAAUCCACAAGCUUGCCAAAUCUUCAAAGAAGAACUCCAAGUCCAAAAAACGCAAGAAGGUUAUUGUCCUUGAUGACCAGUCAAGUCACGAUAGCUCCGAGAGUGAAUCAUCCUCACAGGAGUCAUCAGACACCGAGUCGGACGAAGAGAUUGUGAAGAACAAAUCUCGAUCCAAGAAGGGAAAGAUCGGUAAGCAGUCAAGGCACCGGAGAAAGCAGAGCAAAUCCGGCCGUUCAGACACUGGGACUGAAGUCUCAGAUUCCGAUUCUCUCGACACCACCGAUGAAGAAGAGUCCAAGAAUGACAGAAAGUCGCAAAAGGCCCUUGCAACAGUGCAGCAACAGCUCAAACUCCUCACUCGUCAGUUCCAAGAUCUAGCUCGCGCCUCAGCGCCCGGCAUCAACAAUUUCGGUGGCAUGCCUCUUUACAAUGGAGGUCUAGCAACCAAUGCAGGCAUCAACCAACCGCUUCUGCCCAAUAUGAACACGUUUUCAGGUAGACCAUAUGCCACUCCACCCCCAGCCAUUCCAGCAAGAGGACCCGGUCAUCCGAUCCGUGGCCAUCGGGUCAAUCGCGACAUUGAUGAGAUUGGCAGCGAUGAAGAAAAUGACAAUUGGGACCCUUUCCAAUCUCGCAGUCCGUCAAGAACUAAGAGCAAGGACAAAAACGGCCAGCGCCGACACGUGCUAGAAUUCAAGCGCGUCGAUCAAGUAUGGGACUCGACCACUCACAACUACAAGUUGCAGGAUACUGCCACCGACGCGCACAAUUCACGCUAUGACGAGUAUCUGUUCCAUGUGCGCCGUACCUUUGACUGGGAAGGCAAGUACAAGGCCACUGUCGUAGACAUCAAAAGCAAGCAGCUUCGUGAGGCUCUCCGUGAUGUUAUGGGGAAUCUUCGAGGUAUGAACUUGGUGGUGGAGAACCCUAAACUGGAUCCAAAUAUAUUGUUUCUAUAUCUGGAUGAUCUUCGGGAGCAUAUGGUGAACCUGACGGAUCUGGAGCCAGCCGGAAAGACCAGAAAAGCCCGUAAGAAGGUGCAAAAGUGGAUCGACGAGAAGCGUCGACACCUCCGUGUUCUCAUUAGGUACUUGGACAAGGAUUAUGCUCAGACCAAGAAAACCUUGUAUCCCCUUCUCGAACACGGUCUCAUCACAUUCGACCUCUGCUGGGCAUUGUGGAAACCUGGUACCAAGGCUUAUACGACUACAUACGGCUCAACCGAUGAGCCUCGGGUCUUCAACAUCGAGUUUGCCGAGAAACAACGGAAUGUCCUGAAGGGAGAAUUUUUCUACGUUGAAGGAAAGUAUCUUGAGUUUGAUGGCAAGAGCUUUGGCUACGGCACCAUGUGCGAAGAGAUCGCUGCUUUUAGAGGCGCUCGUAAGAUCAGCAGCUUGGAUUGCUUUCCGCUACAGUAUCACAAAGAUGAAGGGCAGAUACGGAGGAGUCUCAUCGAGCGCGGCCAGAAGUUUGUCAGCUUGGCAGGCGCUCAUUACAAGAGUCACAAAGGCAUUGCCUUCUACAAGAAGAAGAAGGCUGUAGUCAAGGUGAACAUCAAUGGCCGCGUCAUGAUUGAUCCGAGCACGUACCGACGAAACAACCCUAAUUAUCAGAUCUCCCCCAUUCGUCCGAGGGAUCAUGAUAUUCUGGACUCUCCCGAGGAUAGCGAGGAUGAAGAGUACUCCGACGGUGACACUGGCGACGGAGCAAAGGCUCUACAAGACAAUGAGGAUCUGAUCAAGUAUGUGACCAAAGUUAUCCAGGACAAGGACGGAAAUACCCAAGAGAUCAGUGUUUCCAAGGAUGAGCUUGACCUCAUGAAUGCAGCUCUAGAAAAUGGAUUCUUUUCAGGUCAAGGAGCCGACGACGCUAAGGACAAAGCAUCCAAGGAGAACAAGAUGGAAAACCACCAUACUACUAAGAAGGCAUCUCAUGGCCGCGAAUUUUCUGACGAGGACUACCUCAUUGCCUCUUCCGUUGUUCUUGGCUUUGCAUUCAAUGAGAAGCUUUGGGUGGAGCUGUCGGUCAGCGGUGUCAAGGAAAUCUCUUGGAAUGAGUCUGCGUACGAAUCGCUUGUGCUUCAGCCCAAGACAAAGGACGUCGUCAAGGCUCUUGUGGAGUCUCACAAGUAUCAUGCUGCCGAGAACAUCGACGAUGUCAUCCAAGGAAAAGGAAAAGGUCUAGUUUUUGUGCUCCACGGGCCUCCAGGAACGGGGAAGACGCUCACCGCGGAGGGAAUCAGUGAAUUCCUCAAAUGUCCUCUCUACAGUGUAUCGGCAGGCGAUCUAGGCACAGAUUCUCGGGGAUUGGAGGCAGAGCUACAGAGAGUUCUGGAUAUAUGUCAUACUUGGGGUGCUAUUCUGCUCCUCGAUGAGGCGGACGUCUUCUUGGAGAAGCGAAACAUGCUUGACCUUCAUCGCAAUGCCCUUGUGAGCAUCUUCCUCCGACAUCUAGAGUACUUCCAAGGCAUCAUGUUCUUGACCACCAACCGUGUCGAGACUUUUGACGACGCAUUUCAAUCCCGCAUCCACAUUGGUCUUCGAUACGAUGAGCUCGACACUAAGGCAAAGAAGGCCAUCUUCAAGAUAUUUAUCGAGCGAGUGAAGGCUCUUCAGGAGGUUCCGAUCACCAAUUUCACUGACGAAGAUUACAAUACGCUUGCGAGGCAAAGUCUUAAUGGUCGUCAGAUCAAGAACACCGUCCGCACGGCCCAGGCAUUGGCUCUUCACCGAGGCGAAGCUCUAAGCAUGAAGCACAUUAGUCAGUUCUUGGAUGUACUGCAGAGUUUCCAACAAGACCUACGGGGCGGCACCGGAUAUCAGGAUGCCAUGAGAAGCUAUUUCUGA